AUGUAUAUCCAAAUCUUUUUAGUUUUAUUUUCUCAAAUUUUAAUCUCAUUUACAUAUAAAACAAGUCCUACGCCAUGGUUUUGUACAGAUCCAAAUGCAUUAGAUUCAAGUGUUGAAAUAGCUCGAAAACUUCCAUCAUGUUUACCAGGUUAUGCUAUUGAUAUAGAAGAUGUUGUUUAUGAAUCAACAAUUGAUGGUUCAUGUUCUGGUAGAAGUUUAUGUAGUUCAAAUAAUAAAAAUGCUCUUACAUUUGCAUGUAACCAUAAACAAACAUGUAAUGUUGAUAUACGAAAUUUUCGUUUUCAUAUUAAUAAAACAUGUGGUUCGACAGUAAGAUUUUUUACGAAAUAUCGUUGUUUACCUGUUAUACAUGAACAAAAAGAUUAUUUAUGUGAAUCAUCAACACGUCGAUCAAAUUUAGCUGAUAUUAAUUUAUCAUGUGAAAGAUAUUAUCGUCUUCAUAUAACAUUGGCAUUAAUUGGAAUUAGUGUUAGACCAAGAGAUGAUCUUAACAAAAGUCGUUUUAAAUGUAAUAAAAAUACAUAUUGGCUUUGUAAUCAUUAUAUACCUGAUGCUUAUCGAAGUGUUUGUAAUAGUCAAUUAAGUUAUGGUAGUGGUGAGCAUUGUAAAAUUCGACAUAGUGAUCGGCCAAGAUUAAAAGGAUGUGAAUAUGGAGAAGUAUCAAAUUUCUCCAUAGUGGAAUAUUCAUGUAUACCAGGCGAAGGUAUAAUGGAAGAUCUUCCUCGAAUAGAUAUUUGUUCAGAUAAAAUAUCUGAUCGUAUAUCUAUAAAUCGUGGUCUUCUUCAUUCUCCUGAUUAUCCUAAUCCAGUAGGAAAAUAUUUAUCAUGUUUAAAAAAAUUAUAUGUAUCACGUGAAUCUCGUUUACGUUUAUUUAUGCUUGAAAAAUCAAUUGAAUAUUAUCAUGAAUUAAAUAUUCGUUUAUUAAAUAAUGAACCAAAUGUACAACGUACAUUAGCUAAAAAUGAAUUAUUUGAUACAAAUAUAACAAGUCAACGGCAUGAUGAAAUUGUUGAAAUUGAAUUAAAAACAAAUCAUAAUGGCGGUGGAAAUUUUUUACUUUAUUUUCAAGUUGAUUCACGCAUCUCGGAAUAUGCACCAUUGGUUCUUGAAACUGAUAGAAUAUCAAAUGAUUAUAAUCGACGAGAUAAAACAUUGAUUAAACGAGAUUGGGGUGUUGCUAUUGGUAGUAUAAUCGGUAUUAUUCUUGUUUUUCUUCUUAUUGCAAUUGUUAUUGUUAUUGUUCAAAUUUCAAAACGUCGUCGUGCACAAACUCUUAAAUAUUUAAAAUCUGAUAAUGAUCAUCAUCAACAUUUAAAUGCAUCUGCUUCUUUACAUGAUCGUCAUAAUCCUAAAAAAAUAAUACAAAUUGAACAUCCACAUUUAUUAUCUACUUCACCGAAAAUUAUUUCAUCAUCAUCAAAUAUAAUUAAUGAUAAUCCGUCAGAUCGUGAAACUCUUCUUAAACGUCCUCCACAAAUAAAUACAACAAGUACGAAUAUUGAUAAUUUUUAUGAAGAAAUAAAAGAUCAACAACAACAACAAGUUAAUUUAACUUUAGGGAAUAUACAUGAUACAAAACAAUAUAUUGAACCUAAAUCAUUUGAAGAACGAAAAAAAUUUCUUGAGGAUAAUAAAUCUUCACAACCAAUUCAUGAUCAUCGUGAGACUGAACAACAUCCUCAUCGAACAGCACCAUUGGCUACACCUGAACACAUUAAACGACAUAUAGGAAAUACAUUAUGUGAUGCACCAAUGGCUAGCACAGAAACUUUAGAUGUGGGAAUUAAUCCAAUAAAUAGUGAACGUUUGAAACGUCCAACACAAGCACCACCAAAAAUUCCACCACCACGAAUGGAUUUAAACCAGCCGAAGCCUAGUGCACCACCAAUUCAUUUAUUACAAAAUGAUUUAGAUGACAAUACACGUCCACAUUAUCGUCUACGUCAAAUUCAACAAUGGAAUAAUAAUAAUAAUAAUAACAACCAAAUUGUUUAG